UGUAGCUAAAAGCCGGUUGCGAGAUGUGGCGUUGAUUUUCGAUUUGCCACUAUCGUCCUGUGUUAUAUAUUCCGAAGAACGAGAGAAACGGAUACUAAAGGGGUGAUUUUUUAAUUGUCGGAAUGGAGCUCACGAACGACAACUUAGCAGUAUUGAGCGGAUAUUUGAAGCAAACUCUCAGCCCUGAUGUGAAUAUCAGACGUCCAGCCGAGAAAUUUUUGGAGGCGGUGGAGGUCAACCGGAACUAUCCCUUAUUGUUACUUCAUUUAAUAGACAAGUCCGAAAUUAACAUAACCACUAGGAUCGCUGGGGCUGUUGCAUUUAAAAAUUAUGUUAAGCGUAAUUGGAAAGUGGAAGAAGAUUCAGUUGACCGCAUACACGCGCAAGAUAGAGAUGCGAUUAAGCAACUCAUCAUCGACUUGAUGUUGCGUUCUCCAGAUUCGAUACAAAAACAGCUGUCAGAUGCUGUAUCUAUUAUUGGGAAAUAUGAUUUUCCCAACAAGUGGCCUGAAUUGAUUGAUCAGAUGGUAGAAAAGUUCAAUACUGGUGAUUUUCAUGUAAUUAAUGGCGUCUUGCACACCGCACAUUCCUUGUUCAAGAGGUAUAGGUAUGAAUUUAAAAGUGAGAAUCUCUGGAGAGAAAUCAAAUUUGUAUUGAAUCAAUUUGCGAAGCCUCUGACAGAUUUGUUUUUAGCCACAAUGAAUUUAACGCAAGUACAUGCUAACAAUGCGGAAGCAUUAACAGUUAUAUAUAAUUCUUUAGUUAUCUUGUGCAAAGUGUUUUAUUCUCUUAAUUUCCAAGAUUUACCAGAAUUUUUCGAAGAUAACAUGGAGUCGUGGAUGAGAAAUUUUCAUACUUUAUUAAACGUCGAAGUCCCUUCCUUGCAGACUACGGGUGAUGAGGAAGCAGGUGUGAUAGAGCAGCUAAAGUCGCAGGUGUGCGACAAUGUUGGCCUGUACGCUCAGAAGUACGACGAGGAAUUCCAGCCGUAUUUACCAGAAUUUGUUACAGCAGUUUGGAAUUUGCUUACAUCCACGGGGCAACAACCAAAAUAUGAUUCUUUAGUUUCAAAUGCGUUGCAAUUCUUGGCCACAGUUGCCGAUCGGGCACAAUACAGGCAUUUGUUCGAAGAUCCAACAACUCUCAGCAGUAUCUGUGAAAAAGUUAUUAUUCCCAACAUGGAAUUUAGAGAGUCGGAUAACGAGUUGUUCGAAGAUAAUCCUGAAGAAUAUAUCAGACGAGAUAUCGAAGGCAGCGAUAUAGAUACCAGAAGACGCGCCGCGUGCGAUCUAGUUAAAGUAUUAUCGAAAUACUUUGAAAUGAAAAUUAUGGAAAUUUUCGGAGCAUAUAUACAGAUAAUGCUGCAAAACUAUGCUGAGAAACCGUUACAGAAUUGGCGCAAUAAAGAUGCCGCCAUUUAUCUCAUUACGAGUAGUGCGAGUAAAGCGCAGACACAGAAGCACGGAGUCACUCAAAGUAGCGAGCUCGUUCCGUUACCGCAAUUUGCGGAACAACAUAUCCAACCGGAACUGACAAAACCGAACGUAAAUGAGUUCCCGGUGCUGAAAGCGGAUGGAAUAAAAUUUAUAAUGACGUUCAGAUCAGUGUUACCACGCGAAGUGGUAAUAGGAAGUUUGCCGCAGUUAAUAAGACAUCUAAGCGCCAACAGUAUCGUCGUGCACAGUUACGCCGCUUGCGCGAUUGAAAAGAUAUUGGCGAUGAGAGGUCCCGAUAAUCUAUCUCUGGUCAAAGGAGCCGAUUUGUCGCCACUCGUGGCGGACUUGCUGAAAGGACUGUUCGCCUGCUUGAACACAUCCGGUUCCGAGGAAAACGAAUAUGUCAUGAAGGCUAUCAUGAGGAGUUUCGGUAUUUUGCAAGAGGUCGUGGUGCCGUUCUUGGCCGAUUUGCUUCCGAAACUUACCGAGAAACUCGCUAUCGUAUCGAGAAAUCCAAGCCGGCCGAAUUUCAAUCAUUAUCUCUUCGAAACCCUGAGCUUGUCCAUCAAAAUUGUCUGCAAAACGAAUCCUGUAGCGGUGUCAUCUUUCGAACAGGCGUUGUUUCCUAUCUUCCAGGGAAUCUUGCAGCAGGAUAUACUGGAAUUUAUUCCUUACGUUUUCCAAAUUCUCGCGUUGCUCCUGGAGCUACGAACUACCCAAGACGUCUCGGAACCGUACAUGGCUCUGUUCCCGUGUCUGUUGUCGCCGGUGUUGUUCGAGCGGCAGGCCAAUAUCCAUCCCCUGAAUCGCUUGUUGCAAGCAUUCAUCAGCCACGGCUCGCAUCACAUCGUAGCACAGGAUAAGACGAGCGGACUGUUGGGAGUGUUCCAGAAGUUGAUCGCGUCAAAAGCGAACGAUCACGAGGGAUUCUUACUGAUGCAGAGCAUCAUCGAGUAUUUUGCACCGAACGUCCUGGAGCCUUACAUGAAGCAGAUCUUUGUACUUCUCUUUCAAAGACUCUCCUCCACGAAAACGACGAAGUUCGUGAAAGGUUUGAUAGUGUUUUUCGCCUACUAUAUCAUUAGGUACGGAUCGCCGAGCUUAGUCACGAUCAUCGAUCAGAUACAACCGCAAAUGUUCGGGAUGGUCGUGGAGCGUGUGUUCAUAACUGAUAUGCAGAAGAUAUCGGGUGUGAUAGAGCGCAAAGUGGCGGCCGUGGGAAUCUCGAACUUGCUGAUCGACUGCCCGGCGAUGCUCGAGGCACCGUACAAUUCGUACUAUCCGCGUUUGCUGGCCGCGUUGGUGGAAUUCUUCGAGCUUCCUCAGGAUCAAAGCGUGUCGCCGGAAGACGACGUGUUCCCGGAAAUCGAUGACGCGGUUGGCUAUCAAGUCGGUUACAGCCAACUCAUCUGCGCGAGAAAUCCUGCGAAGGAUCCCUUACAAAAUAUCGGUGAUAUACGUCUGCACUUAGCGCAAGGUCUCGGAAGAUUAUCGCCGGGACAUUUGCCGGGACUUUUAGGACAGAUUCCUGAACCGAACGCGAAUCACUUGAGAAAUUACCUACAAACGGCCGGCGUUACUGUUGCAUAAUACGAACUAGGCGUCCGCGACAGAUUGAAAAUCCAUUUGAUAGCUCGAAAAAUGAACAAUAUUGAACUGAAUAAAUUGUAAUUAAGGAGAAGAGCCCUGUUUUCUAUAAAAUAAUUGUACAAUUUUGGAAAACGCAUCAACACAACUAUUUAUAGCUUAAAAGCCCGUAGGUAAUGUUUGUCAUUUUUAUACCGUAACUCGAUAUAUCGUUGUAGAAAAGAAACAAAAAAUACGUAGUCUAGCUAAUUGUAUUUCGAUACAUGGGAAUUGUCGAGAAUAGUUAAAAAAUUUUAAUUAUCCUCGAUUAUCCAUGAUAAGAACGAGCAAACACGUGCUUCAUAUAUUUCUUCGUUUAGUUUCCUAUUUAACCAGCACAUACACGGUUAUAUAUUUUAUAUGUGAAAUAAUAUUGAGACACUGAAUUGUGUGAAUUUGUUCCUCAAAUGUUUUUAAAAUACAUAUCCAUCAGUUUUGUUUCUCUCGUCGGAUGCAGUAAAUCGAAACAUUUCUCUCUUACCAAGUAUAGCAUUUUGUAAUUUUCUACCAUUUUUUAUAAUUCCUUUUGAGGGUAAAACAAAAUUAUUACAAAUAAAUUCAGAAGGAUAGUAAAGCGGAUGGAUUGGUGAACUAUUUUGCAAAUUGUAAAUAUCCAACAUUGAAAUUGUUUAAGCGACUAAGAUAAUUCAUGAUUAAGAAUCGACGAUAUUUUUGUGUUAGGUCAUUUUUGACUGAACCAUAGCAGAGAGGAGUCUCGUUAAUUUGAUAGCUAAGUAAAAAGUUA